AUGCAGAGCACAGUCAAUUACCUGUGGCACACGGAUGACCUGCUGGGGCAGGGAGCCACUGCCAGUGUGUACAAGGCCCGCAACAAGAAAUCUGGGGAGCUGGUGGCCGUGAAGGUCUUCAACACCGCCAGCUACAUGCGACCCCGCGAAGUGCAGAUGAGGGAGUUUGAGGUCCUGCGGAAGCUGAACCAUCAGAACAUCAUCAAGCUGUUUGCGGUGGAGGAGACGGGGAGCAGCCGGCAGAAGGUGCUGGUGAUGGAGUACUGCUCCAGCGGGAGUCUGCUCAGCGUGCUCGAGAGCCCCGAGAAUGCCUUCGGGCUGCCCGAAGAGGAGUUCCUGGUGGUGCUGCGCUGCGUGGUGGCCGGCAUGAACCACCUGCGGGAGAACGGCAUUGUCCACCGCGACAUCAAGCCGGGGAACAUCAUGCGCCUGGUGGGGGAGGCGGGACAGAGCAUCUACAAGCUGACGGACUUCGGUGCUGCCCGGGAGCUGGGUGAUGAUGAGCAGUUUGUCUCGGUCUACGGGACUGAGGAAUACCUGCACCCCGACGUGUAUGAGCGGGCAGUGCUUCGCAAGCCCCAGCAGAAGGCGUUUGGGGUGACCGUGGAUCUCUGGAGCAUCGGAGUGACCCUGUACCACGCGGCCACCGGCAGCCUGCCCUUCGUCCCCUUUGGUGGGCCACGGCGCAACAAGGAGAUCAUGUACCGGAUCACCACAGAGAAGCCGGCUGGGGCCAUUGCAGGAACUCAGAGGCGGGAGAAUGGGUCUCUGGAGUGGAGCUACACUCUCCCUGUCACCUGCCGACUGUCACUGGGGCUGCAGAGCCAGCUGGUGCCCAUCCUGGCCAACAUCCUGGAGGUAGAGCAGGCAAAGUGCUGGGGCUUCGACCAGUUCUUUGCGGAGACCAGUGACAUCCUGCAGCGAGUGGUCGUCCACGUCUUCUCCCUGUCCCAGGCAGUCCUGUACCAUGUCUACAUCCAUGCCCACAACACGAUAGCCAUCUUCCUGGAGGCCGUCUAUGAGCAGACCAAGGUGGCACCCCGGCACCAGGAGUACCUCUUUGAGGGUCACCUCUGUGUCCUUGAGCCCAACCUGUCAGCACAGCACAUCACCCACACAACCGCGAGCAGCCCUCUGACGCUGUUCAGUGUGGCCAGUGAGACCCCCAGGGGGCUGGCCUUCAGGGACCCUGCUCUGGAUGUCCCCAAGUUUGUCCCCAAAGUGGACCUACAGGCAGAUUACAACACAGUCAAGGGUGUGUUGGGCGCCAGCUACCAGGCCCUGUGGCUGGCACGGGCCCUGCUGCAUGGACAGGAGCUGAUGUUCCGAGGGCUGCACUGGGUUGUGGAGGUGCUUCAGACCACCUGUAGGCGGACUCUGGAGGUCACGCGGACAGCCCUCCUUUUCCUCAGCAGCAGCCUGAGCACCGAGAGGUCCAGCAGUGUGGCUGGGAUGCCUGAGAUCCGGGAACUGCAGAGAGCAGUGGAGCUGAGGUCCAGGCUGCGGACUUUGGCUGAGGUCCUCUCCAGAUGUUCCCAAAAUAUCACAGAGACCCAGAUGAGCCUGAGCAAUCUGAGCUCCGAGCUGGUGAAGAACCGGGAUCAGGUACAUGAGGACAGAAGCAUCCAGCAGAUUCAGUGUUGUUUGGACAAGAUGAACCUCAUCUACAAACAGUUCAAGAAAUCUAGGCUGAGGCCAGGGCUUGGCUACAACGAGGAGCAGAUUCACAAGCUGGACAAGGUGAAUUUUAGCCAUCUAGCCAAGAGGCUCCUGCAGGUAUUCCAGGAGGAGUGUGUGCAGAAGUAUCAGGCAUCCCUGGUCACACACGGCAAAUGGAUGAGGGAGGUGCACGAGACCAGGAACCACCUGCGCUUGGUGGGCUGCUCUGUGGCCGCCUGCAACACAGAAGCCCAGGGAGCCCAGGAGGGCCUCAGCAAGAUCCUUGACCAGCUAUCUCACCAGCUUCUUCAGGACAGUACAGAGGGGGCACAGGCCUCACCAACCUCCAUAGCUCCUUAUCCCAGCCCUGCACCGAAAGACCUGGUUCUCCACAUGCAAGAGCUCUGCGAGGAGAUGAAGUUGCUGGCAUUUGACCUCCAGGACAACAACCGCAUCAUCGAACGGUUAGGUAGAGUCCCAUCGGCUCCUGAUGUCUGA